AUGUUUUCCGAGCAGGACUCGCUGAAGUACUUCAUUGAAGAAUCCGACGAUUCUUUACUUCCCAAGAGCAGCGGCCUGGAGCUUUCGAGCAUGAAUCUUGUCUCAAAUACCAAGCAUGCUCAGAAAGUGGCUAUCCACGAGCUGCAGGACUUAGAGGACCUCGAUCCCGAAGACAGCUCACUGCGCAAAAUACCCGGAUCUAUCCCGCCUGUUGCAUAUCUGAUCUGUUUGGUUGAGCUCGCCGAGAGAGCAUCCUACUAUGGACUUACCGGCUGUCUCAAUAAUUUUAUACAAAGACCACUGCCGCCAGGCUCAACCACGGGCUCUGUGCUCGAUCCAACCUCAGACGAGAGUGCAGGUGCUCUUGGUCUUGGACUUGGUGUCGCUUCAUUUCUGACGCAGAUGCUUAGCUUUUUGGCAUAUAUCACUCCGUUGUAUGGCGGAUAUGUCGCAGACACAAAAUACGGCAAGUUCAAGAGCGUCUGGGUAGGCGUCACCAUUGGUUUUUUUGCUCAUAUGGUGCUUGUCGCGGCUUCUUUGCCAUUUGUGAUCAAAACCGUCUGGCUCUCUUUGCUUUUGACAAUUAUCAGCAUUAUAGGUAUUGGUUUCAGUGCGGGCUACAUUAAACCAAAUCUUUUCCCUUUGUUGGUGGACCAGUACGCCAUUGACGGAAACUACAUCAAGGUCCUUCCUACAGGAGAGAGGGUGAUUGUGGACCGAGAUGCCACGCUCGAGCGAAUGAGUUUAAUCUAUUAUUUCUUCAUCAACUUUGGCUGCUUCGUGGCCAUCUUUUCCUCCAUUAUCGAGAGAGCUUUUGGAUUCUGGAUGACGUAUGGGUUCACUGCGCUCGUGUACUCUGUUCUUCCUAUUAUGCUUAUUUACCUCAAACCUCGCUUGCAUCUGAGUGAGCCAACAGGCGUGUCAAUCUUUGAGGAGGUAAUUCUUUUGGUCAAAGAGCUAUUCCAAUCUGACUGGCUCUCCAGAAUGCGCCACGGCCAGUUCUGGAGCAUCCAAAUCUCGGCAGCUACGCAAAAACUGGCUCCUUCAGUGACAAUUGAGGAUCUGCACACCACGGUUCAAUCUUGUGCCAUUUUUCUGUAUUUUAUCAUUUUCAACUUGAAUGACGGGUCUAUCGCCUCCAUCCAGAUUAAUCAAGCCGGUUCAAUGAGAACCAGCGGCAUCCCCAAUGACAUGUUUCAGUCUUUUAACCCUCUAGCAAUCCUGAUAAUCAUCCCGAUCCAAGACUAUCUGCUAUAUCCAUUUCUGCGCAAACGGCGACUGACAUUCCAUCCAAUUCAUAAAAUAACCGUUGGAUUUUGUAUCUCGGCUACGGGUACACUUGUUGGGGCUUAUCUCCAAUAUCUAAUUUACACCCGUAGCGAAUGUGGAUGGGAAGGAGCCUCCGAAUGUGAAAAAGUGGCUCCGAUAUCAGCUUGGUGGUGCUCCCUGAUGUUUGGGCUACAAGCUACCGGAGAGUGCUUUGCGACUGUUACUGCUUACGAGCUAGCUUACACGAUGUCAUCUCCAGCAAUGAAGAGCUUUGUGGUGGCCCUCUUCCUAUGCUCAAACGCAAUCUCGAGCAUUGUCGGCGAAAUGAUUAGCUUCUGGGCACAUGAUCCUAAUCUGUAUGCCAUCUUCAUGAGCUGUGCGCUGCUUGGUUACGGGUUCGCUCUCGUGUUCCUUGUGCAGUUCAGAAACCUACAUAAGCAAUUGAAUAAUUGA